CACCCAACGGUACGCACCAGCAUGAGUGUGCCCGCCGCGACCCCCAUCUUCGCGCCUGGCGAGAACUGCACUCCCGCGUGGCAGGCGGCGCCUGCGGCUUACGACUCGGCCGACGCGCACCUGCGGAUCCUGGGCAAGCCGGUGAUGGAACGCUGGGAGACACCCUACAUGCACUCGUUGGCGGUCGCCGCCUCGGCUGCAGGGGGCCGCGUCCUGGAGGUGGGCUUCGGCAUGGCCAUCGCAGCCUCCAAGGUGCAGGAGGCGCCCAUUGACGAGCACUGGAUCAUCGAAUGCAACGAUGGGGUCUUCCAGCGGCUGCAGGACUGGGCCCAGCAGCAGCCUCACAAGGUGGUCCCCUUGAAGGGCUUGUGGGAGGAAGUGGCACCCACCCUGCCUGACGGACACUUUGAUGGCAUCCUAUAUGACACGUACCCACUGUCAGAGGAGACCUGGCAUACCCACCAGUUCAACUUUAUCAAGAAUCACGCCUUCCGCCUACUGAAGCCUGGUGGGGUCCUCACCUACUGCAACCUCACGUCCUGGGGCGAACUCAUGAAAUCCAAGUAUUCAGACAUCACUGCCAUGUUCGAGGAGACGCAGGUGCCCGCGCUGCUGGACGCCGGCUUCCGCCGUGAGAACAUUCGCACCGAGGUCAUGGCGCUGGCCCCGCCGGCCACCUGCCGCUAUUACGCCUUCCCGCAGAUGAUUACGCCCCGUGUCAUCAAGCAUUGAACCUCUGGCUAUGGCAGCGGGGACGCCCCCUCGGGGUUCCAGCUGGGGCGGGGUAGGAAAUAAAUGUCCACUGGGGCUUGGCCA